AUGAAGGCAAUUGCUCUGUCCCUUAAAGAUUUUGGAGAAGUUUUAGGUGCUGUAUCUACAGAUGCGCAAGAUGCUACUUCCGGUGAAAGAAAGGGGAAUGCUCGAUCGAAGAGGAAAAAAUCGUUCACCAGUCGCACGCAGAUGACCGAGGAUGAAAUGGUCGUGCACUUCUUUCAGUUCGAUGAAGCUGGAAAAGGAAGCAUUUCUACGAGAGAUUUACGAAGAGUAGCUAUCGCACAUGAUUUUAUAUGGACAGAUGAGGAGUUGACUGACAUGAUCCAUUGCUUUGACACCGAUGGCGAUGGGAAGCUAAAUCUUGAUGAUUUCCGGAAGAUUGUCAGCAGAUGCAAUAUGUUACGAACAUCUGAAAAUCCGUAAACCGGAUUCAAGCUUGUAUGAUAUACCUUUCUGAACAGAUUAUAAUCUUGUGAUCAAGACUCAAUACUCCCUUCUUUUUAUUC